CUACAGGAAGCAUGUGGAAGAGGAUGGGGAUAGGUUUAUCUGUGUGUAUUGUCAGAGCACAGCUUCCUCCAUCCCUGAUACACUGUGUCUCCCAUGUAUACUGUAACACAGAGGGCAGCUGAGCUGGUUACUCAUUGAUCAGUGAGCCAGCAGAGGACAGCAGCAGCCCCAGCCCAGGGUCAGACUCACACAGCACCUGGGGAGAGCUGACUGUCUGGCUGCUGGGAUCCUGUGCCCCAUGGCCUCUGCUGAUUAUUACCUGGGCUUUGACUUCAGCACCCAGCAGCUAAAGGUUAUUGCUGUUAAUGAACACCUACAUGUUGUAUAUGAGGACAAUGUUCAGUUUGACAAAGAUCUUCCAGAAUUUGGAACACAUGGUGGUGUGCACGUCCAUACAGACAAACUGACAGUAACGUCUCCUGUGUUAAUGUGGGUUAAGGCACUUGAUUUUAUUUUGGAGAAAAUGAAGUCGUCUGAAUUUGACUUUUCUAAAGUCAAGGCUUUAUCAGGAACUGGUCAGCAACAUGGCAGCGUGUAUUGGAAGAAAGGUGCCAAACGGGUAUUGCAAACUCUAUCAGCUAACCUUCCUCUUCACAGCCAAUUAGAGACAUGUUUUUCCAUCUCAGAAAGCCCCAUAUGGAUGGAUUCCAGUACCACCGCAGAAUGUCGCCACCUUGAGCAAUCUGUAGGCGGGGCGCAAGCAUUGGCAGAUAUUACGGGGUCCCGCGCGUAUGAGCGUUUUACAGGAAAUCAAAUUGCAAAGAUUUACAAGCAGAAACCUGAGGAAUAUGCUCAGACAGAGAGGAUUUCCUUAGUCAGCAGUUUUGGAGCUUCGUUAUUCCUUGGAGACUAUGGACCGAUUGAUCACAGCGAUGGUUCCGGGAUGAAUUUAUUAAACUUUCGCCAGAAGAUUUGGUCUGAAGAAUGCCUGAAAGCUUGUGCCCUAAAUUUAAAUGAUAAGCUUGGAUCUCCUGUUCCCACAAGCUUAAUUCUGGGACCCUUGUCCUCGUAUUAUGUCCAGCGCUACGGCUUCAGCGAUGACUGCUAUAUUGCUGCGUUCACCGGGGACAAUCCAGCAUCUUUGGCCGGAAUGAGGCUAGACGAAGGUGAUAUUGCGGUCAGCCUUGGAACAAGUGACACUCUGUUCCUCUGGAUCCAGGAGCCUACGCCAGCCUUAGAAGGUCACAUAUUAUGCAAUCCUGUUCAGACCCAGGACUAUAUGGCAUUACUGUGUUAUAAAAAUGGCUCCCUGAUGAGAGAGAAAAUUAGGGACGACUGCUCGUUGGGCUCCUGGGAAGAUUUCUCUAAAGUGCUCCAGAUGACGCCCCCUGGAAACAAUGGAAACUUAGGCUUUUAUUUUGAAGUGAUGGAAAUAACCCCGCAAGCCAUUGGUGUUCAUAGGUUCAAUGUUAACAACCAGAGGGUGUCGGACUUCCCAAAGACCGUGGAGAUCCGUGCCAUAAUUGAAGGUCAGUUCAUGGCCAAGAGAAUUCAUGCAGAGCGACUAGGAUACAAAAUAAUGCCGCAAACAAGAAUAUUGGCUACUGGUGGAGCGUCAUGUAAUAAGGAUAUUCUACAGGUUUUGUCUGAUGUUUUUAAUGCUCCUGUCUACACGAUUGCAACUGCGAACUCUGCCUGUUUAGGCAGUGCUUAUCGUGCUGCUCAUGCUCUCGCGAUGCACACAGCAGGAACCAGCUUUGCGGAUAUUGUUAAGUUAGCCGAGGAACACAAAUUAUUGGUGACUCCCAGACCUGGAUCAGAUCAGAUCUACGAGCCGUUACUGAAGCGUUAUGCGGAGUGUGAAGCAGCCAUGAUUGCCGAAUCCAUAAAACAUUUCAAUUAAUGAAUUCACUGCAUAGAUAAAUCAGUGUCAACUUUUAAACCAAAUAGUAAUUUGCUCAAUAAGCCGAAUUAAAAUGCAAGAUGGGAUUAUAACAAUGGGAUUAUAACAAUAUGGACCAACUCAUUGUAUUGAUAACAUGAUAAGGCAUAUCAUUAUUUCUUUUACUUUUCAAUAAAUGGUAAUAAACUUGUCCUCUUUCCCAAUUAAAA